AUGAACUACAUGUUUCUUGUGUUCGUUCAUUUAUUGCCUUGGAGGACUAAGUAUGUUGCGACCGGGACAUCCUGGGUUAUUGAUGAAACGUGGAAAGACGCUUCUUUGGACUUCCGAUCAUGUCCCAGCAGAGCAAUUAGCUAUGGAAUGUUUCUUAACGAGGUGUCGGCGGAUUACAUGGACUAUCCAGGAAGAAGUCGGUUCAAUGUUUGCUGGUAUGAUUCGCUUUCGUUACCCACUUCUUUCGUUGCGAAUGGGCACUUGGACUGCAUUGAUGUUACCAUGAUAGAUAUAAUGCAUUAUUGUGAGCAGGGCAUUGUCGUUCCCGCGCAAGCAACAUAUUCUUCUCUACGAACCGCUGUACUCGGUCUUACUCCUGGUGACCUCAAAUGUAGAUUGUAUUGUAAUGGUACCUCAUGCAAAUUUUGUAAUUUAUUCAAGGAACCUAGUGUUGUACCAGGGCUUUAUUCCACUUGGAUAACUGAUCAGAUUCUGGCCAUGGCUAGGCCGCAAAUGGUCCACUUUGAAAAUGACGUCAUUAUUGAUCAUUUUAAAAAAUGUAAUAUUGUUGCUGUGUUCAAUUUGGAAGAAAUUGGAGAGCACGCUCAUUGUGGCAAAGGAAAUCUUGUGAAUGGUUUCAGCUAUGAUCCGGAACUUUUCAUGGAAAAUGACAUUUUCCAUUACAAUUUUCCUCUACCCGAUUUCGAAGCAUGCGUUGCCGAUCACAUGGUAGACAUUGUGACAGUUAUGGUACACGAACUGAUUAGAGGAAAUAUUGCGGUCCACUGCCACGCUGGUCAUGGAAGAACGGGAACCGCGAUUGCUGCAUGCCUUAUGCGAACACAGGGACUAACUCCUCGUGAAGCGGUGGAGUUGGUUCGAAGUAAGCGCCCAAGCUCAGUGCAGAGCGGUGAACAAGUCCGUGCCCUUCACUCACUUCAUAACUUUUUGAGAAACAGUGUUACUAUUUUGCCAGCACAUCCAUUUCCAUCGAUGCUCCUAUACAUAGAAUAUACAAGUCGUGUUUUGCCGAAGUUGGAUAUGAGAAAAUUUGGAAAUGUGCCGAAGCCCCUCUUCGUGGGUGUCAUCGCUCUAUUGCACAAAUGUUUCACAUCUGUAACUUUUAAACUGGAAGUGACGCCUAAUCAGUUCCACUGUUUCCGUUUCAAAUGUAACGAGCCAACUUCUUUUAGAAUAACAGAAGAGACGUUGAGCCUCAUGAAUGUUGAUGUGACGAUUCGAGGUCAGUCUUGGUAUGCUGAUCGAGUACGUCGAGGGAUGAAUAUUCUGAAUCUCGAAAAUUUCUUAGAGAAGCAGUCAGUGUUUAACGCCUUGUUCUCCACAUCAACUGUAAUAAUGCUAUCGAAAUCCAACAAAUCAAUGUCCAGAAAACGUGAUUCUAGUCAUAAAUUUAACGCGAAGAACUGCUUCACUUCAACAUCAAUCUUUGGUGAUCCUACUAUCACUCCACUUCCAACAUUAACUGCAGGUUAA